AUGGCAGGAGAUUACCUGAAGGACGGUGGACAUGGCUUCAGGGAUGAAUCAGACCUUCCUCCUCACCCACAAGUGCACUUGGACGAGAAACCCUACGAGUGUCAGGGAGAUGUGAGGCAGGCUGUUUGUCCCAAUAAGCAUCAAAGUGUCCCCUUAGGAGGGGUGCCGCUUACAAGAGUUGCUUGUGGUCAGGGCAUCGGGCCAAGUGUUGACCUUCUCAUGGCCCAUACGGGGGAGAUGCCCUACACAUGCAGUGACAGUGACAAAGGGUUGGGAGCCAAGCCCACCCUGCAUGUCCCCCCUGGGGAAGGACCUGAGGGAUUCGUGGAUUGUGGAAAGGAACUGGCGUUCGGCCCACACUUUGACGUUCACCAGAAAACAAACCCAGAAGAGAAGCCCUACCAGUGUGAGGAGUGCGGAAAAAGUUUCCGGCACUACUCGUACCUUCAGGCUCACCAGCAGAUCCACACAGGGCAAGGCCUCUAUGAGUGUGAUGUGUGUGGCGAGAGCUUCAUUUACACUGCCGGGCUCCUCAUGCACCAGAAGCUGCACACGGCCAAGAAACUCUUCAAGUGUGAGUGCGGGAAGGGCUACAGCCGCAGCUGGGACCUCCAGGUCCACCAGAGGGUCCACAUAGGGGACAAGCCCUUCAUGUGCCUCGAGUGUGGCAAGGGCUUCUGGCGGGUUUCCGACCUCCACAGUCACAAGAAAGUCCACACCGGGGAGAGGCCCUACUUGUGUGAUGUGUGUGGCAAAGGCUUCAUCUUCAGCUCGGACCUCCUCAUCCAUCAGAGGGUUCAUACUGGCGAGAAACCCUUCAAAUGCGGUGAGUGUGGCAAAACUUUCAGCUACAGCUCAGCGCUGCUCACGCACCAGAGAAUCCACACGGGCGAGAAGCCCUAUAAAUGCGAAGAGUGUGGCAAGGGCUUCCGAUGCACCUCGAACCUUCACAAACAUCAGCGUGUGCACACGGGAAAGAAGCCCUACACGUGUGACGUGUGUGGCAAGGGUUUCAGUUACAGUUCCAACCUCCGCACCCAUCAGAGGCUGCACACGGGCGAGAAGCCCUUCACCUGCUCCGUGUGCGGGAAGGGCUUCAUGUUUAGCUCAGGUUUCCUGAGCCACAAGCGGGUGCACACGGGGGAGAAGCCCUACAGGUGUGACAUCUGCGGCAAGAGCUACAGCCAGAGCUCGCACCUGCAGGGCCACCUGAGGGUGCACACGGGGGAGAAGCCGUACACGUGUGAGGAGUGCGGGAAGAGCUUCAGCCAGAGCUCCUCGCUGCAGCUUCACCAGAGCGUCCACACCCGGGAGAGGCCCUUCAAGUGCGAGGAGUGUGGC